UUAGUGCGCUUUAUUAUGCGAUGAAAAGCCGAAAGGAAAAGGUAACCUCGUUGUUCAACGAAUGGUGACCUUAUACAGCACAGUGACCUGUAAUUUGAGCUGUGCAUGUGUGAAGGUUUCAAGAUAUGGUAGACGCGAUUUAAUGACAUUAAUAAGCUAAUUUAUAUUUUAAAAGAGAACCCUUUUAUCCUUUGUUAGUAAAGUACACUUUACCUGGCAAAAUAAAUUUUAGCCUAUCCCGUGAGCCACUCCACGAAAUCAUAACAAAUAAACUUCCGGUUAGAUUUAUUUCAGGAAAUGUACAGAUUAAAAUGAAAUUUUUGGCACAGAAACAACGAAUUCUUUGCGAAAGAUACACACAAGAAUUUUUAUAAUUGUGAACAAUAGUAUACCUGAUUCAGCUUGAAAUGGAUAUCAUGAAAACUCCCCCCAAAAACACUCCAGAAAAAUCAAAGGACUCCCCUUCCCCGUCAGGAUCCAAAAGGAAAGUCCACACACCCAGUUCUGAUUCUGACUCAGAAAAGCCUUCAGCUAAACAAGACACACCAGACAGGAAACGCACACCUUCAGGAUCACCGCCAGAAAAGAAAAGAAAAACGGAAAAUGAGGAAGACCAUGCCCACAACAAACAAAAGAAAGAAAAACAAGAAGAAGAAAGAUUGAAAAUGCAAGUGUUAGUUUCUAAUUUCUCUGAAGAACAGUUGAACAGAUAUGAAAUGUACAGAAGAGCUGCUUUUCCUAAAGCAGCUGUUAGAAGGUUGAUGCAGUCUAUAACUGGUUGUACUGUACCCCAGAAUGUAGUGAUUGCCAUGUCUGGUAUAGCCAAGGUGUUCGUUGGAGAAGUAGUAGAAGAAGCCUUGGAUGUGAUGGAACACUGGAAUGAAACAGGUCCUCUUCAGCCUAAGCACCUUCGUGAAUCUGUUAGAAAAUUAAAAGCUAGAGACUUAAUAACUUCAACAAAAUCAAAAAAGGUUUUAUUCAGGUGACAGGUGUAGAUUUAAAUUAUGUCUGUGAAAUAAAUGAUUCAUGUUGCCUAGGGACAGUGUGCUGACAUUGAUAUCAUUUUAGAUGGAGUCUUGAUAAUGUUACAAAAACUAGUCAAGUGAUGAUGCAGAGAAAAUAUAACAAUAGUGGUUCAACGAUCUGCUUAGCUUAUUCAAUUAAGCUGAAGUUUAUAUCCAUUAAAGCCGUACAUACACUGGAGCAGGCUUAUAACGUUUAUGCAUUUGCAUAUACCCUCAGAAAACGUCCUGUUGUAAAAAUAUUCGAGUUAAUUAAAUAAAACAGUACAUGUAUUAUUACACUGCAACAUUUCAACAAGAUUUCACAAGUUGUUAUCAAACAUAUAAACACUUUAUUACACUGCGACAUUUCAACAAGAUCGUUAUCAAGCAUAUAAACACCUACGUUCCAGUUACUAAAUACCAUUCAAAGAAUAAAAUGAGUUGAUUAACGUGUGUGGAGCCACGGUUGCUAAGUGGGUAAGACGCUGACUCGCUAGCCUGGAGGUUGCGUGAUCGAUCCCUGCAUUGGCUGAGAAAGUUCAUCAGGAUUUUUCGACGGAGGGUCUGACAAGGACAACUGUCUAGUCAUUUGGAUGAUACGAAAAACAAAGGUCCCGUGUAUACAUUGGCGUGCAAGUAAAAGAUCCUUUGACAGUUGGAAUUCAAUAUAAGAGUAGGCCAUAGUGCCACUGCCUGGGCAACAUUUCCCUCAUAGCACACUAUAUAGGGCAUGCCCGUCUUCAUUAGCCCAGUCGGACCAGAACAGAGAACCGUAGGACGUUAAACCCAUUUCAUUUCAUUUUGAUUAACGUAUGUACAUUUAUGAGGUCAUGUUUUGGGGCCUAUUCAAUUGGCUUCCUUCAAAGUGAGCUUUUCGAGUAACAAAGGUGUGCUCAUAUAUUAGGAUGAAAAGUUGAUGGACUAAUGUAAUAUUAAAUAAAAGAAUUUUAUUUUAUGAUCAGUAGUGGAAUACCGUGUUUUAUCAGUGAAAUAAAAGUGUUAUUCCACUGGCUA